UAUAGUCGAACUCUAUAGAUACAUCGCCUUGACGCUCCAUCCUUGCACAAACGCAACUACGAGAGAGAAGGACAAGGAAAAAAACAGGGGACAAGAUCGAGUGAGAAAGAGGAGAUAUGGCGUCCAUAAUAACAGGAGAUUUCGCGGAGGCCUACGUACGGAAGAACGCCUGCGAAGAGGAGACGAGGAAGGCAGAAGCAAGCACCGCCGGCGGGGUGGCGGCGGCGGCGACACCAGGAGACAAGAAGGCCGACGCUAGUGCAUCAUCCGAGAAGAAAGUGGCCAAAGAGGCUGCAGCUGGUAGCAACAAGGGAGAAGGAGGCAGUCUCUUCGGGCUGCUGAAGAAGAAGGUUCACCCCAAAGUCGGUGGAAGUUCAGGAGCUUAUUCUUGACCUCCUGUAUGCAUCUGCGCGUGGCUACAAGCAUGCUGCAUGCAUGCAAGAAAUUUCAGAAUUUUACCCGUGUCCAUCUUGAAGUGGUUUCAGUUCAGAUUUUUGGCCUUUUUCGUUACUUUCCCUUUCAUCCUCCUUGAAUAAGAUGUACCUGUUUGUUUGAUAAAGAGGUGGAAGUAAAAUGUUUAGGGGAAAGGAAACGAAGCAGUUCUUUUCA